CCCUUUGCCUGUGAGAACAGACCUGUGGCAACAGUGAGGUUUGCCACUCCAGCCUGUAUUUGAUGUCAUAUUUGCCUUGCAGCUGGGUCUCCCGCAAAGCAACUCCCUGAGACCCUGCCAACAACCAGGAAGCUCUCGGAAGGGGUCUCAGGAGUUUGGUACCAGGCAGCCGGGGUGUGCAGCUGUCCCAAGGCGGCCGAACAGCACUGGACACCCCAUUUGCUGCCCUCCACGCCUCCAUCCACCUGUUCCCCUCUUCCCCGAGACAAACCCAACGCGAAUUUGAAGCACUUGUGUAUUCCCACACAGACCACACUUCCUGUAGCGCUGCUUUUACAAAAAGCCCGCGUAUCAGACGGAACACAUAAGUCACCGGUACUUUGCCAAGCCGGACGCUCAGCCGUGGAUUUUCGCCGCUGCCCGCCCCCUUUCUCGCGGCUCCGCGCUGCGCCCGGCCGGCGGCAGCGCUGGGGCAGGCGGCAGGCCCCGAAGGCCGGGCGGGGCCGGAGCUGGGGCCGUGUGAGGGGCGGUGUGAGGGGGCCUGGCUGUGCUGCUCCCGCCCACGGUCGCUCCGGGGUUGCCGCGGGGUUCAGUCGCCAUGAGCAGGCUGUGGGGCGCGGCAGGCCCGGCGCGGCAGGGCUGGCUCUGGGGGGCGGCGGCGCUGCUGGCGCUGGGCGCCCUGCUCGGGGCCUGGCGCUGGGCCGGCCCGCGCCGCCGCCGCCGCCUGCAGCGGGUCGGGACGGUGCUCAGGCUCUUCGUGUAUCCGGUGAAGUCGUGCCGGGGGGUGUCGGUGCGGCGGGCGCAGGUGACGCCGAUGGGGCUGCGCAGCGGGGAGCUCCGGGACAGGUUCUGGCUCGUGAUCAGGGAGGACGGGCACAUGGUGACGGCUCGCCAGGAGCCGCGGCUCGUCCUUAUUUCUGCCAUCUGUGAAAACGGGCACUUGAUCUUAGAGGCCGGGGACAUGGAGAAGAUAAGCGUGCCUGUAAAGCUCUCCAAGAAAAAUCCCGUCCGCAACUGCAGGGUGUUUGGACAGGAUAUCCAAGGUAGAGACUGUGGUGAUGAAGUGGCUCAGUGGAUCACCACCUUCCUGAACUCAGAGCCCUGUCGACUGGUGCACUUUGAGCCCUCCAUGGUGCCAAGAAAGUCAAAGGACACAAUAGCCCUUUUCCGAAACACAGAUGAGGUUGCGUAUCCUGACUGCAGCCCAGUCUUGAUCAUCUCUGAAGCUUCAAUGGAUGAUCUAAAUACCAGGCUGGAAAAGAAAGCUAAGAUACAGAACUUCAGGCCAAAUAUUUUUGUAACAGACUGCAAUGCUUUUGAGGAGGACACCUGGGAGGAUAUUCUUAUUGGUGAUGUGGAGAUGAAAGGGACUGUGUGUUGUGGCAGGUGUAUUUUAACAACUGUUAAUCCAGACACUGGGGUCAUUGACAGGAAGGAGCCCUUGGAAACAUUGAAAAGUUACCGCUUAUGUGACCCAUCUGAGAAACACAUUUAUAAAACCAGCCCUCUCUUUGGGAAAUACUUUGCUGUUGACAAAACUGGAACAAUUCAAGUUGGAGACCCUGUGUACAAGAUGGUCUGGGAAUGAAGGAGACUUUGAUCAGAAGAUGCUUUUUCACUUUGAUAUCAUUUAUUGUACCAACAGAUCUUGCAGAGGACUAUGUACAAGAAUGACAGUUGUUAAAAGCAGAAAUUUCUGGGUUGCUUAAGAUCAGUGGUGGGUACAUUUUCAUCCAAGAAAACUUGAGAAAGAUCUGCUUCUGCAUCCUGAGGAGAAAAACAGCAUUUCAAAGACAUCACUCUGCUGCUCUGUAAGAAGACAAGAGAUUUACAAAUCUUGCCUCUACAAAUGGCAGAAGUUUCAAAAAGGGCUGAUGCAGAGUGAUCAUUUCUGGUCUAUCCUAGCACCUUAAAUUGCCUUUUUUGUCUUUUAAGAUCCAUAAGAAAUUCCCUGUGCUAGGGAGCUGCAGGGCUGAGGACUACACAUGCAAAGUCUGUUUCUUUUGGGGCAGAAGAUUCUAAAAAGUGAUGCAGGCAUAAAGACUAUUUAUGUAUCAGCCUUCAGCUGAAAGAGAAUAUAUUUUAUUAUGUAAAAUAUUAUAUUUUACAUAAUCUUCAUUGUGUAAUGUUAACAAUCUCAACUUAGAAUGUCACUGUUACUAGUAAUUCUUUGCAUUUUAUCUGAAAAAAUUGGUAAACUCAGGAAGGGUUUCACACACCAGGCCUUUUCUGUAACAAGUCUGCUUACUCAUCAUGACCAGAGAACAGGAAUGGUUGGAUGGGGAAAGGAAAUGAGCAGGGCUUAGGUGUGUAGAGGGUGUAUGUUAGGGCUGGAGCUGCACGAGAUGGGACUGUCAAUGAAGUCAAGGUGCUGGGUGUUUCCAUGUUCUCCAGACAUUUCUGUGCAGAUGGACUGAGAAUGAGCCCUGGUUGUGGAAUAGCAUCAAUUCCCAGUAUUCAACAAUAACCUGGCCUGAGGAAUGCCACUCUCCCCAGCAGGCCACAGCUCAUCACAUCGACUUCUGGAAAUCACAGAGUGGGUCAGGCUGGGAGGGGCCCCAGGGGAUCAUCUGGUCCAACCUCCCUGCACAAGCAGGGUCACCCCAGAGUCCAGAUGGUUUGUGAAUAUCCUCAGUGAAGGAGACUCCACAGCCUCUCUGUGCAAUCUGUUCCAGUGUAUGGUCACCUCCACACUAAAGAAGUUCUUCGUAUUCAGGGGGAACUUCUGUGCAUUAGUCGCUGCCUAUAGCCUCUUGUCCUGUUGCUUGGCACCACCAAGAAGAGCCUGGAUCCUUCUUCUUGAUACCUAUUUUUGGGUACUUAUGGACACUGAUAAAAUCAAACCACAGGUAAUUGUAGCCUGAGCUAAACAUAGAGGUAGAGACUAUCUUCCACCUGUGCAGAAAAGAACAUGGAGCAGCCUGUGGUACAUCACAGUGAAGAGUUUGGAUGGGAACCUCGCAUUUUUGCCCUUUGUCCUUGGAUUGUUAUACAUGAGAUGCCUAGGCUGGUUGAAAUUCCUCUGUCCUCCAGGAGCAGUAUUGUAGAGAAUUGUAUCUUCUCUAGUGCUCAGAAUUGCUCUGACAGCUUAUCACUGCUUGUUUAACAGCUGUGAGUUCUCACUUUCUUUAGUCACUAGAUAAUAAGCACAGUGAAACAAUUAUUGUGCUUCACUGAUGUGCUAACCCUCAUAGCCUCUUUACUGUUGAGUUCCAAAAACCAGCUUCAUUCACUGUUAAUUGAGGCUUGUCUUCAAGAGAUUAUGUAGGAUGACAAUUCCUCAGUCAUAGCAGCCACAAUUACUUUUAGUAAGUCACGUACAGUUAUUUUUAGCACACCUUCGUAAAUCCCUUAGGCAUAAGUUAAAAGUGGCAGCUAAAUCUCAAUUUUUUCAAGGUUUUACAUGUAGACAUGUAGGACUAAAAAAAAUUAAAACAGAUGGGUAAGAAUGCAGUCUUCUCUGUUUGCAGAAAGCAAGGAAAUAGACAUGAAGUUUAGACUUGGAAAAUACUUGCUUCAUUUCUUCACAUAGCAUGGGCCACUGGGUCAACUUCCUGCUUCCUUUGAAAACUUGAUAUUUUUGGUAAAAGAUCAAAAGCUGCAGUGAUAGUUGGACUGCAAGAAUAUCAUGGCAGAGAUCAAGAGUACCAGCAAUGUCCUAGAUUCUUUCAAAUGUAAAGAUUUCAUUCCCUGAAAAACUACGUUUCAUUGUGUUUACAGUUGUGCAGUUUGGUGGUCCAUAUUCUCCGUUUCUUGGAUUUAUUUAAGGUAAAGCAGAAUAUUGUCUUUGCAGUUACCUCAAGGGACAGGUAGCAUGAAGUUUAAUUUCCCUCAGUUGUCCUUUAUUUCUGUUUACUACAGUUGUCCAGUGAUAGUUUUCCACAUCCUUGGCUGUGUGACUUUUAGCAGAACUAAAUCUCUUACAAUUCAUGUUCCUGUGCUCAGAAAUGUCAGUCACAAGCAUCCUAAUUAAGGAGUGCAGGUUACUGUGUAAUUAAUCCUUGAAGGGAACCAGCAAGACAAUUGGAUCCAUCACUGUAAACUUAGUUGCAAAAAGUCUGGAAAAAUAAAUCAAUGUUUUUCAUGUAAUUCUGAAAGUAUCUUCUCA